AUGGCAGGGCAGCGGCGAGGCGCGGGGCCCCUCUGGGCACUGGGCGGCGCCGCGCUGGGGGUCUACCUCGCCGGGGUCGCCGGGCAGCUGGUGGAGCCCAGCACGGCCCCGCCCAAGCCCAAGCCGCCCCCGCUGACCAAGGAGACGGUGGUAUUCUGGGACAUGCGCCUGUGGCACGUGGUGGGCAUCUUUUCGCUCUUCGUGUUGUCCAUCAUCAUCACCCUGUGCUGUGUCUUCAACUGCCGUGUGCCACGGACCCGGAAGGAGAUCGAAGCCCGGUACCUGCAGCGAAAGGCAGCCAAGAUGUACACAGACAAGCUAGAGACUGUGCCACCCCUCAAUGAGCUCACAGAAAUCCCUGGAGAAGAAGGAAAGAAUAAAAAGAAGAAGAAGGACAGCGUGGACACAGUGGCCAUCAAGGUAGAAGAGGAUGAGAAGAAUGAGGCCAAGAAGAAGAAAGGAGAGAAAUGA